AUUUUGAUUCAUUACUGCACCUCAGUUGUGGACGGGACAAGAACAUGGGAGCUUCUGACUCUCAGCCUGAGAAAAGGAUUGUGCUUCUUGGGAAAACCGGAGAUGGCAAGAGCAGUGCCGGGAAUACGAUUCUCAAACAACAAGUUUUCAAGAGCAAAGCUUCACCAGAAUCUGUGACGGCUGAAUGUGUCAGUGGAGACCGGAAGAUCCACGGCAAAAAGAUCACCGUUAUUGACACGCCUGGACUCUUUGACACCGGCCUGGAUGAGGAGAUCAUCAAAUCAGAAAUCAUUCGAUCAGUGAUCGAGAGCUCUCCGGGUCCAGACAUGUUCACCAUCGUCCUGAAAGUUGGGAGAUACACAGGACAAGAGAUGGAGGUCGUGGAUAAAAUCGUUGAGUACUGUGGAGAAGACACCUUCAAUCAUUCAGUGGUUUUAUUCACUCAUGGAGAACAGCUAGAAGGUCAAACCAUCGAGGAGUUUGUGAAGAUGAGCCCAAAGCUACAGGAGCUGGUUGAUAAAUGUGGAGGCCGCUGUCACGUCAUCGACAGCAAAUACUGGAAAAAACGACAAAUACGACACUCUAAGUGUUUUUUCCAACGUUUUGUUGCAUUGUUUAAUAAUUGGAAUAAUGCCGCGGGUGCUUAA